ACCCGGAAUAGAAUAAGCAUCAAUACUUGGCGUUAGGAAAGUUGUGAUCAGAUAGAAUUGUAUGUAAUCUGGUAAUUUCGCAAUGUAACAGUGUUAGUAGUUGAGAUCGCCGGCAACAACAACAAGAGAACCAAUCUCAAUCGGAAUGGCUUCUUCGUCAUCGGAGGCGGUGUGCGUGACCGGAGGCAACGGCUUCAUCGGCUCGUGGCUCGUCAAGACCCUACUGGAGCGCGGCUACACUCGCGUCCACGUCUCCGUCUACCCCGGCUCCGACGCCUCCCACCUCUUCUCCCUCCCCGGCGCCUCCUCCGCCACCCUCGCCGUCUUCGAGGCCGACAUCCUCGACGCCGGCGCCGUCGCCAGGGCCGUCGAGAACUGCAAGGGCGUGUUCCACGUGGCGUCGCCGUGCACCCUCGAGGACCCCGAAGACCCCCAGGCGGAGCUGGUGUUGCCCGCCGUGCAGGGCACCCUCAAUGUGCUGCAGGCCGCGGCGAGGUUCGGCGCGAGGCGCGUGGUGCUCACGUCCUCCAUCUCGGCCAUGGUCCCCAACCCCGGUUGGCCCUCCCACAAGGUCUUCGACGAGACGUCGUGGACCGACCUCGAUUACUGCAAAUCCCGCCAGAAAUGGUAUCCCGUGUCAAAGACACUAGCAGAGAAAGCUGCAUGGGAUUUCGCAGAGAAGAAUGGAUUGGAUGUGGUAGCAAUCCAUCCAGCCACAUGUCUUGGACCUCUUCUGCAGCCUGGUUUGAAUGCAAGCUGUGCCGUUCUGCUCAACUUGCUGCAGGGAUCCAAAGAUACACAAGAGUAUCACUGGUUAGGGGCUGUGCAUGUCAAAGAUGUCGCCAAGGCACAAGUUUUGCUGUUUGAGACUCCUGCGGCUUCUGGAAGGUACCUUUGUACCAAUGGUAUCUACCAAUUCAGUGACUUUGCUGAUAGAAUCUCCAAACUCUUCCCCCACUUUCCAGUCCACAGGUUUAGUGGGGAAACCCAACCAGGCCUAAAGGAUUGCAAGGAUGCUGCAAAGAGAUUAAUCGACCUGGGUCUGGUUUUCGUACCGGUUGAAGAUGCUGUUCAGGAAACAGUGGAGAGCCUCAAAGCUAGAGGCUUUUUGAAGCAGGAAGAGACGUCGCAAUCUAGCUAGUUGGCACUUAGCAGUAAUAAUGAGUGGAAAUGAAGUGUUGUUCAUAAUUAGUUUCUUAUUCCCUUUCUAUCAUUGCCUUUUUAACUUUUAUUCGUUCGGAAAGUUGAACAUCAUCUAUAUGUUCUUGGAUCUGAGCAUCAUACGUUUAUAAAAGUAAACCAUUCUCGUAACUAUUGUUGUUUUUAGUGA